AUGGGGCUGACUCGAGAACAGCUGAAUCCUGUCAAAACUCCCCUCGCCGGUUUCACAGGGGACUCGGUGGAGGCGGAAGGGUCGAUCACACUUCCAGUUGAGAUUGGCAGUUAUCCAGAUGUACAGAAACUCAGCAUAAAGUUCAUUGUGGUAAACCUGGCCUGUUCGCAUAACGCUAUACUCCGCCGACCGGGUCUCGAGGAUCUAGGAGCUCUGAUUUCAAUCGAGCAUUUUUGCUUGAAAUUCCGCACGCCAAACGGGAUAGGUACGGUGCGCUGUGACCGUAAAGUCGCCCACGACUGCUAUCUACAAGCAUGCAGAGGGAUGGGCAAACGCGAGAUGCAGGUCCAUGAGAUCACCGAGAGGCCCCCAAAAAAGACGAUAAUACCUCGCCCUGAGCCUGCCGUCGAGUUGGAGGAAGUCAAGAUCGACUCCACACAGCCGGACAGACGGAUGGAGGAGCUAAGUCGACCAAGCGUUGAAGAAACACCGCUAAGGAUCCAGCAAGUGACUGACGAAGAAUGGGACCGAGAGAAAAACCCCGAGAUGUUAUGGAUAGAGGACAUCCAGCGAUUCAUAGAAAAAGGCGAGUUACCGGAAGACCCGGGAGUCGCCGCAAGGGUUCGACGAAAGGCCCCCUCUUUUCAAAUCAUUGAUGGGCAAUUAUAUAAACGGUCGUUCGGAGGACCUUUGUUAAGAUGUUUGUUCAGGCCCGAGGCCGAGAAAAUAAUGGACGAAGCCCAUAGAGGCAUCUGUGCCGCGCACCAGGGUGCCCACACGCUCGCUCGGAAGUUAGUCGUCCAAGGAUACUAUUGGCCAACUAUGAUGCGGGACUGUAUUGAAUGGAUAUCCAAGUGCGGCGUUUGCCAGGCAUUCGCCAAGAAAGACACUCGGCCAGCUACUUUUUACACGCCGGUCACCACCGCCAUCCCAUUUGCCAAGUGGGGGAUUGAUUUGUUGGGGCCAUUACCAGUCGCCCCCGGAGGCUUGAAGUUCUGUGUCGUAGUUAUCGACUACUUCACCAAGUGGGUCGAGGCAGAACCACUGGCUACCAUAACCGAGUACCAAUGCCGACGCUUUUUGUGGAAAAGGGUGAUUUGCCGCUUCGGCCUGCCCGAGCACAUUGUCAGCGACAACGGGCGACAGUUCGAUUGUCAGGCAUUCGCCGACUUCUGCCGCCGGCACGAUAUCCGCCACACUAAGGUGUCGGUGGCGUACCCACAGGCCAACGGACAAGUCGAGAACAACCAUUGA